UCUGCCACAUCCAAUAUGGCGGCGACGUAGACUUACGAUUCAGCGCUCAAUGCGGCGUCUAUGUAUAUAUGUCUAUGAGUGUGACAACCAGCACAAAGCUACCAGGGAAGAUGGUUGUCAGACAGACUGCUUUGUGGGUAAAAGGACUGUGGCUACACAACUGUCUAGGGCAGCCCUAACCAACACAAAACAUACAGGUAUGCAUAGCUAUACAGAUAAAAAUGUCUGUUGUAUUUACAAAGCUACACUUGUAUGCAAACACUAUACAUUAAGAAAUUUUACUGUCCUUCUUGAACAUAUAUUUUCCAGGUUCUCAAGCUACAUUAGCUACUCGAACUGUUGCUGUGGGCAACACCACAUCCAGCCUUAUCCCACUGUGUUCGUCAACUCCACUGAAGCGGAAAACAGAACCACCUGGCUGCCCACCAACCAAGCGUCCGCACAUGGAGUUUACCUCACUUGAGGAAUCUGUAAUUAGCUGCAACUUUGCAGAUCAUGAAGGGUCCAGCUACCUCCCCAGCUUGAAUUGGUUGACACCACCAGAACUGACCAGUGAGUUACUUUUGCUUGUCUUUGGUAAUCAGACACUAUCAGACAUAAUCUAUUCCUCAAUAUUAUUUUAUUUCAUGCAUCAAUACGCAGAUGUGAGAAUUCUGUCAUCUUAUACUGCUGUGAAUGUGCAACAUUACAAAUACACUUCGUAACAACCGUUUUUUGUUGCCUGUGGUUUUCUUUGUCAACACAACACCAACCAAGACCCUGCAGGACAUGGUGAAAUACCUGGUAUAUAAGGGGUGCCUGCUUGAUCUUUUUAAAAUCUGCCCUACCUGUUCAAGAGACUGCCAGGUACACACAUGUGUAAAAGGGACAUUCCUUUCUGUGACCCAAAAGUGCCUCUACCAGAGCUGCUUGUACACCAGAAAGUGGAAGAGUGAACCUCUUGUGGGCAGCUGUCCAGCAGGGAACCUCCACCUAUCCGCUGCUGUGUACCACACAGGCUCUUCUUUCAUCCAGACUAACAAGGUUCUCAAUACAAUGCAUGUGAGGACUUUCACCAGGAUGGCACAUCGUAAUCAUGUGCAGCACUACAUUCUGCCUUCUGUGCUUCAUAAAUGGCGUUUACACCAAAACAACCUGCUGGACAGUCUGAAACAGAGGGGCACUGUAUCUCUCGGUGGUUAUAUGAGAGCCAACAGUCCAGGACAUUGUGCAAAGUAUGGUUCCUAUUCCAUGAUGGAUCUCGGCACAAACAAAAUUGUUGAUAUCCAACUUGUACAAAGCAAUGAAGUGGGAAGCAGUACACGCAUGGAAAAGGAGGGGCUGAUCUGGAGUCUGCAGUAUCUCGAACAACCUGGUGUUAAAGUGGCCUCCCUGGUGACAGACCGACACAGCCAGGUUCAAAAAUCUAUCCGGGCGCAAAAACCAGACAUUGACCACUUUUAUGAUGUGUGGCACUUAUGUAUAGCACUCACUAAGAAGGUGGAUGCCAUCUCCAAGGAAAAGGUGAAACGGUGGCAAAAAGGUAUCAAAACUCACCUUCACUGGUCAGCAUCGGGUUCAUCCAGUGGAGAGGAAACCGUGGCAAAAUGGACAUUCCUUAUCAACCACAUCCAGAAUGUUUAUGUCCAUGACAUUCCACUCUUCCCAAAGUGCAUCCAUCCCUGUACCACUGACAAAAACAAAAAACCUGGUAUGUCAAUAUUCAGUAGCAAUUAUGUAAUUGAACUGCUCAUUUUGACACCUAAUUUAAUAAACUUGUCGUUAUAUUUGAUCAUUCAACUUUGGCUGGGUGGUUAAUAAAACUUUCUUCUUUAGUCUGACAGACUCAGAGAACAUAUUUAUUUUGACUUUACAUGGACUUUAAUGGAACGCUCUGCUGUGUGUAGAGGUCUGUAUGUAGGUCUGUAUGGUUAGCUUGAUAUAGUUUUCAGGUGAUUUAAUGAAGGUAAAACACAGUGAAUGGCCGUGCUUCUCCUGGACUGGGGCCGCUGCUGCAGCUACAGGGAUUUCGUGAACUAAAAGAGAAUCUCUUCAUAUAUUGUUUAGAUACAAUAAGAAUCACCUACAUUCAUAGACCAAUGCAGGCUGAAUAUUUAGUUUAGUAUUGAACGUAUUUUAUGAUCCGCGACACAUUGUCAGCUUUGGGUACGUUACUCACACAGUGGACUGUGGACAGAGAGACAAAUGCAUAAUGAGAUUAUGCCUCACGGAGUUAAUUACUAUGGAAUUAAAAAAUUGUAAAAUAAAUUGAAUUGAAUUUACUUUACACUGUAUUCACUUAUGUAUUUUGUGGUUGAUAUAUGACAUUAAACUGUGUUACAGUGAUUAAUACAACAGUAAUACAAUUUUUAAAUUCCAUCGUAUUAUAUGUAUAGUAUUAUAUUAUAAGAAACAUUUAUUCUACAUCAGUGUUAAUUUUGUCAGACGA